AUGGCUUGCCUUUGGCAGCAAGAACUUUGGGUGGGAUCUUACGCUCCAAAACAUGAAGUUGAGUGGAAAUAUAUAUUGAACAGCAAUAUAUGGAGUUCACAAAAUGACCAAAGUGGCAUUCUUCCUGUCUUGAGAUUAAGUUACCAUCAGCUGCCAUCAAAUUUAAAGAGGUGUUUUGCCUAUUGUGCAAUAUUUCCAAAGGAUUAUGAGUUUGAGGAGAAGGAAUUGAUCCUUUUAUGGAUGGCAGAAGGUUUGAUACAGCCAGUGGAUAGUGAAAAGGAAACGGAAGAUGUAGGUGCUGAGUAUUUUCACGAGCUAUUGUGUAGAUCACUUUUUCAACCGUCAACUAAUGGUGAAUCUUUUUUGGUUAUGCAUGACCUUGUGAAUGAUCUAGCACAAUGA